AUGCCCGUUAGGGCGGGUCCACAGAGCAGGGACAUGGCCGGCGACAAGAAGAAUAAAACGGCCAGCGCGGAGCCGUAUGAGCCUCGUCCACCGACAUGGAGACCACCGAUACACGAGACAGCUAGCUUGGGGUGGGCCGACUAUAUCCCCGAUCACCCAGAGCGUAUGGAGAAUGUCAUGUCGCAGAAAACAGUGAAGGAAGGCCUGUCAAUACCAUCUUACGCAUCUCAAGAGGCAGUGACUUCGCAUGGGGACAAUUUGGAGAAAGUGGAAUCAGACGAGACACUCGAACGUCUAGGACUGCUGAUGGCGCAAGUACUGGAAAAGAGAGAGGCAGGUAUGGGUAUUCCGACGCAAACCUCAUACAAAAUGCCACCCCGCGUGACAGUGCCGGACAUGCGUCGUACAAAAUGGCUCGAUGCGCUGGCAGAUCCCAGCAUACCAUUGAAGGAUAUUGCAGGGAAGGCUUCACAAACUGGUGCAGCGACACCGGACUUCUACAUUCCCCACGGACCAAAAGGGUCAGAGCUGUUCGAGCUAUUGUACAAUAAGAACGUUCCGAUCGAUAGGGCAGUAUGGUUCGUGAGAAUAGUUGGAUAUAAUGACAUGGCACCACUUCGCAAACAACCUGGUUACAAUCCGAUGUCCUACAGUUUCGACACGGCGAAGGAAAUCAUCAUGUGGUACAAGAAGCAGCUAGGCGAGAUCAACCUCCCCACUGCUCGAUUACAAUCAACUGCGCUGAAGCAGGUGUUCAAGGGUGUAAUGCUUGAUGCGGAUAGCCGCAUGGCAUGGUGUUCCAAGUUUGUCUACACAAACCAAUUGGCGCGAGAAUUUUACAAAGAGAGCAUGAUAGAUCACGGGACAUUCCUUCUCUGGGCUGCUCAGCAUAUCGGACAUUGCAACCUUGCCCAACUAGCCAUCUUCGCCAGAUUGGUGGAUGAAUAUGCAGCCGAGAUGUGCGCCCAUCGCGCCUUCGCGAAGGCACUGGUCGACAAUUCUUUGGUUAAACUCAAGGAGAUUGAAACGAGCUCUGGAGCAGAGCAUCUCUCAGGACUGCAGAAGCUACUGCGCAAGUUUAUUCAACUAGCUAUGAUGGACGUUCCUGAGGCGUUUGUUGCUCCUCGAAAAUGGCCGUUCAUGGUUGAGGCUGUCUUCGACGUCAUUGACGCCUACGUGCCACUCAAUCCGGAGACAAAGGAUGAGGUCAGGCAACAAACCCACAUACAGCUUCGACGAACGGCGCAGGAAAUGAAUCGGCGGAAUUGUGCACUGCUCUUCCACCAAGAACGGACAGAUCCUAAAGGACGCCUUGGACAGUGUAUUAUUGCCAUUCGAAGUCUAAACUCUCUUGGGCCAAAUAGUGAUCUCGGGUCCUUCAAGUUCUUCGAGGCGGACGAAAACGCAUUCGAAUCUAGCCUUAGUCUGCUGUUGACUUGGGCUGUUAGCCAUUUUCAGUAUGGGGAUCAUCGCCCAUACGCUGUUUCCAGCAUAUUGCGGAAGUGGCUUGAUGAUGCCAAGCUCAACGCUGAACGACAGAAAGUGAAAGUUAAGCCCGCGGACAUGUUGCAGGACCGACUCUUCCUCUGGCUUCACUCCUAUCCUUCUACAUCCCUCCAUUCUGAUCUUCUGGCCAUCGCCAUUCUUAUUGGAGAACUCAUAAGACGAGGUGUUUUCUCAUAUGCAAGAUACGUGCAGGAACUAGUAGCACGGGGCGAACUUGAAAACUCAAGUGAAGAAACCUCACGGCACGUAGAGAUAAUCAGACAGACGCCGUUGAUCAAAACCUGGGAAGCUCAAGAGCUGUUGCACCGGACUUCUCUUUUCGAUCGACAGGUUCAAAUCACCCCGGAAGAUAACACCAUGCUCAGUAUGCAGCGAGAGAUAGUGGCCUGCCUGCCAGAAGUUUUUGUACCAAUGAACGACGACGCCGUACAGGUCUCAAGUGAGUUUCCAAUCACACUAUCUGGAUCCCGGUACGAACAAGCUAGAGUCAUUCAUCACUGGCUGCUGCCUAAGAUUCUAAACAAGCACUCGACAAUGGAUAAUGAUCAGCCAUCUGCGUUCAUGAGCCUCGCCUGCUAUGCAGCUGUGGUACAACUACUUGCGGAUACCAGGCUUUACGUCGGUCUUCUCGAGUUAAACCUGCUGGCGCUUAGCAUGGCAUCAUCCGCUGAUGGUGAUCUCACUGAACAGACCGAGCUCUUUACAGCUAUACUUGACACACUUGAACGCUACUCGUCCAUUUGGGCUUGCAUGGAUGCAAAUGCCACAAUUGCACAGAGUCUGUUUACCAAGAUACAGAAACUGCGCGUCCAAAGGAGGCGAUGCAUACCCUUGUUGCGUUUUAUCAGGCAACACCGAUUCUGGCGAUCACUGUCCAAACAAGAGAAGACAAUUAUUGAGGUUGAAUACGGCCGUUCUAUUAAGGAUCUGGAAAUUGUCGUCACCAAAACUGCGCCAGCAACGUUGACAAUCCCGGAGUUGCAAGACGUCAUUCAUUCCCCGAGCCCACAUUCUCCAUAUGCCGUUGCAGCAGCAGUAUGGGGACGUCUGAACACCAUCGAGGAUUGGCCCGUUCUUGUCUGGGAGAACAUCAUGAAGGGUCUGCUGGAGUUUUCCCUGAAAGAGACCACCACUCGAGAUGAGCGCGUAGCCUGCUCGAAACAGCUCAGUCUGGUUCUCCACCAAAUUGAUCGAAGGUUGCUGAAAGGAUUCGAUCACUUUCUUCGGCUAUGGUGUGGACGGACAAAAAAAUUCAAAGUGCUGGACAUGAAUGCAGCGCAGUGGGAACUACUUGUGCCACUCCUCAUCAAACUCUGUGUUUUCAAUGCUGUUUCUUGUUCAACCAUUCUCGAAUGUUUUGUCUAUCCAGUCUGGCGACAAUUUUCUGCCUUAUCAACAUCGACUGAGUCACAGCUCUAUCGGGAACGUCAUGUACCCUGUCUCUUCCAGACAGCCAUUUUGGUUCUCUGCCUACUGCUGCAGAAUAGUGCGACUUCGGGAGAUGGUGCCGGAUUAACACCCAUCAGUCUUCCGCAACUCCAGCGACUCCAAACGAGGCGACUCGCUAUGUAUCGAGGAACGAGCUUUCAGGCGCUUCUAGAUGGUGUUUGUUAUCUUGUGUCUCUCAGCACCAACCCGCUCCUCACUCCGGAAGUCUCCACGAUCCUGCUGAGGCUGAAGAUGAGUCUGUUGGACGACCCAUUGUUCAAGCAGCAAGUUUCUCGUGAUCCAAGGACUGUCAAGCAAGCAUUGUGGUCUUCACCAGAUGUGCCCAGAACGCCUGAAAUGGAAGAUAGGAUGGAAGAAACACUGAUGCAUUUAAUGAGAGCGGACGAUCUGGACGCAGCGACUCCGGCAAGUGAUACAACAGAGGCCAAUUUUUGGAAGCGAUCAGUUGCUGAACUUGAUCCAUGGAGUUGUCACCGUGCGGCGGUUAAGCUUCAGUUAAACUUUCGACGAUUAUGCCGCAUAGCCAGAAGCAACUCACCUGAAGCAUCGACAUACGCGGCCCAGCUGGACGGUGCCACGACGGCAUUAUUUGCUCAGACCUGGUCAUCUGAAGAGCUGGUAUAUAUUGCUGAGCUCUUGGCCGGUAUCGAUUCCAGCGCAAUUAGUGAGUUGCUGAAUAAAGCGUACGACAAGAUCACCGAGGCCCUUCGAAAUGCCUUAUCAAAUCUGACCGCUCAGUCGGCCAACGUAUUUAAUGGUAUUGCGACGGACACCAUCAACCUUAUGCUCAAGAUCACCUCACCUGUCGCUGUUAUGGAAAGUGCCUAUCCCGAAAUACCAGCCCUUAUAAUGGAUAAUUUCCUUCAAACUGUCUCCAGCACGUGGCGGGCAGUCUUCGCUCGUAUCAGCCCUUACACAACUCUACAGGCUAUGGACAGUAAACCUAUCGAUGGUGGAGUGUAUCGCGACCUCAUGAUGCUGACCACUCGUCUGUUGCACUUUGCAUUAGGCGUAAUGGACAAUCCUACAUCCGAAUGGAAACGUAUCUCUGAGACAGUCAUCAGCUUUGUUCUUCAAUUCGCAAAUUUCUAUGGUACCGACGGACCACUUCGCGACAGCAUCCUCUUCUCUAUGUUACUGGACACGGCGUGCUAUCUUAUUGAUGAUAUUCCUCAUGAUGUCAAGAAUCCAAACGCAGAUAUAAUUCGCACGAUACCCGGGCUUUAUCCUACAAAUCUAUCCCCUCACAUGUCACUCUGGCACAAGGAGCGACUUCGGAAGAUAUUACAAUACGUUCCCCGGGAUUAUUAUACCGAGGGACUACAACAUGCAGCUACGUCGAAACAUCCCGCAUCCAGAGUGCAAAAUCGCCCCUGGGAAUGGGGCGAAAGCUUCUACAAACCGAGAGAGAUGGGCAAGCAAACGGUCGAUGAUUAUACCGCGUUCCCUUCGCCGGAGACAGGACCCAGCAAUUCGCGUAGUAUUUCUCUAGAUCUUUUCCAAGUAAAGGUUACUCGUGAUCGAGUAGCUGAGUCGACACUGUUCGACGAUGCGACCGACAGCGAUGACACUCGGCGGGCGGCUGAAGAGCGAUCAACCGGUGAUGGCUUGGGCGGCGAAACAACGUUCGCUCGAGACUGGAGAGAUGCAAAAGUGCCGCUGCGAGGAGCUCGCUUACCCGAACAAGUCAUAGACGACGACACCGACGACGAAGAGUGGCCUCAUAUUGAGGCUCUAGCCAUUCAAGACGCCUCCGGCGUGCCUGGCAAAACUGCGGUAGCUAGGCAGCCAGCAAUUCAAGCUGCGAAGGCGAGCAGGAAGCGUCCAGCUUCCAACACACCGAUUGACAUUCCGGACGAUGACGACGACCUAGAGAUUGUAGAGGUCCUCAAGCCUGUCACUGGCAAGGGUACCGGUAAGGGCAAGGCUGGAAAAGCGCCGGCAUCGUCCUCGCGGGGAAGGGGAAGACGUGCUUCUUCUACUUCCAGAGGGCGAAAGUAAUUUCUUCUUGGGUCUUGAGAAUGCAUACAACACUGUACUUUGGACACUUUUGUAGCCAUAUCAACGUAUAAAACAUUGUGUUCUGCUCUGUAGAAUCCAGC